AUCUUGUCAAACCAGUUGAUGAUAAUGUUACAACAAUUAAUUAGUGUAGUCACCAGCUGAGUGUACAGUGGUAAACACUUGUUAUUAUCAUAAACAUGUGGAAAAAAUGUGUGACAAUUAGUACAAAAACAUUUAUCGGAUCUAAUAAUUUAAGAUUGGUCCGACACCUCCACAAGGCCCCAUCAGAUGAGAGCUACUUGCACCACCCGGGCUCCGAACCUCUCGCCAACAUAACCCUUUCUGAACAACUGGUCCAGGUGGUGAACCGAUACCCCAACCGUAUAGCCUUGAGAUCUGUCUAUGAAGACCUGUCACUAACAUACGAUCAGCUGUUGACUCAAGCUGAUGCUUUGGGAUGUGCUCUAAGGGCGCAUGGCUUGGAGAAGGGUGACCGGCUCGCUGUUUGGUCCCAUAACACCGCAGCUUGGGUUGUCGGGAUGGUAGCAGCCGCACGAGCUGGCCUCAUAGCGGUAUUCAUAAAUCCAGUCUACGAAAAAUCCGAGCUAAGCUACUGCCUGAGAAAAACUGGUGCGAAAAGUGUGUUGAUCAGUGAGAAUCUACCAACAAGAGAUUAUUAUGGGAAACUACGAGAGCUCAUACCAGGUCUUCAGGAUCAGAAGCCUGGACAUAUAUCUUCUGAUUUGUUCCCGGAACUGAUAUCUAUUGUUUCUUCCAGUAAAGAGAAACUGGGGUAAGUGGAUAUAGAACAUCUAAUAAGAUUUACAGACGACUUCAAGCUCUAAUUAAUGUUCUAAAUUUGUAAACCUGUAUCGGUAAUGUCGCUUUAAACUAAUGACAAUUUUAAUGGACGCUUGUGCAACAUAGUGAAUUGAUAUAAAUCUCAUAAAAAAAAUAUUACUUAGUCUAAACAGGAAACGUAGAUAAAGCACACGUA